UGUAAAGAGAGUGAGCAGUGGGGGUAGGAACACGGAGACAUGCAAGCUGUAAACAUGUGCUCUGCUUAUUCGCAGCAAACCAGCAGCUCUUGUGAACACACACUACAUACAACAACGUACGUGUGUUUAGGAGAGGGAGCGCGGUUGUGUGUGUGAAUUUCUCACUGCUGUCACCGUCCUGUCCUGACGUGGACACCAACAACAAGACCUCCAAAACCAAACAGGGAUUUCACCUCCACAGUAUCGGAGUACGAGAGACAGAAAAGAGGAGGUCUUGUUGCGGUACAGGAUUUCAAGGUGUGCGUGUUCCAACUACCAUCAGUCUUACCUGCGACCAUCAUCAUGCUCUGUUUCAGGCUCAGCAGCAGCACAUUGCUGUUGGCAGCAACCUGUUUGCUCAUGACAGCAGAUGUUUCCACACAGAGAGUUAUCACCUGUGACGAUGACCUCAAUGUUCAACGCCUAAGCUGCGACAGUGGAGUGAUCAGUGUGCAGGCAGCUCUAUAUGGACGUACAGACCGUGAGACCUGCAGUGAGGGCAGACCUCCACAACAGCUUACCAAUACAAAGUGCUCUCAGCAGGGCACUGUGGACUUCCUCAGGAAAAGGUGUGAUGGCAAGAGCGUGUGUGAACUGAACACAAAUGUCGUCCGUACUUCUGAUCCCUGCCCUGGCAUCUUUAAAUAUUUGGAGACCAACUACACCUGCUUCCCAGCAAUUCGCAUUGUUAUCUGUGAAGACUCUUUGGCACAGUUAAAUUGUGAUCAAGGUCAGGUUAUAAUUGUGUACGGUGAAUAUUAUGGACGGCGUGACCAAACCACGUGUUCUUACCAACGUCCUGCCUCUCAGAUCCAAAAUGUCCACUGCUCAGACUCCACGAGCAAAGUUUCUAAAAGCUGUAAUGGGAAAGACAGCUGUAUUAUCAAAGCGAGCAACUCAGUGUUUGGUGACCCCUGUGUCGGCACUUAUAAGUACCUGGAGGUGGCCUAUACAUAUCCUAAUAAAUAUUGGUUGUCUCGUACCAACACCAUCACUUCAACUCUUCAGACCAGAUCUCCUGACAUCAUGCUCUGCUCCAGACUCAGCACCACACUGUUGCUGGCAGCAACGUGUUUGUUCAUGACAGCAGGUUUUUCUAGAGCCGACAGUGUGAGUGCCCUGUUCACACAGAGAGUGGUUACCUGUGAUGAUGCCUACAACGUCCAGCGUCUUAGCUGUGACCAGGGACUGAUUAUUGUGCAGUCAGCAAUGUAUGGACGUCAAAACAGAGAGACCUGCAGUUAUGGCCGACCCGUACACCAACUUUCCAAAAUAAACUGUGCACUGACAAGCACUCUGGACAAAGUCAAGAAAAGCUGUGAUGGCAAGAUGGUGUGUGAAAUACACACAAACCCAUUCCGUGCUUUGGAUCCGUGCGGUGGCAUCUACAAAUACCUGGACACCACCUAUGCCUGUUUCCCAGCAAACCGUGUCAUAGCAUGUGAACAGUCUUUCGCAUACCUGCAGUGUGGUAACGGGCAGGUUAUAACUGUCUUCAGUGCUAAUUAUGGACGCCGGGACAGGACCACAUGCUCUUAUGGACGUCCUUCUCAUCAGGUCCAAAAGGUCGACUGCUCAAGACCCACUAACCACGUUGCUCAAAGCUGUAAUGGGAGAAGCAGCUGUGCUGUCAAAGCCAGCAACACUAUAUUUGGAGACCCCUGUGGCCACACUUAUAAGUACCUGGAGGUGGUUUACACAUGUCAAAAUUCUUCCCCAGUGUUACCUUUGACAGACCGUGUCAUAGCAUGUGAAUCCUUUCUCGCACACCUGCAGUGUGGUAACGGGCAGGUUAUAACUGUCAUCAGUGCUAAUUAUGGACGCCGGGACAGGACCACAUGCUCUUCUGGACGUCCUUCUUCUCAGGUCCAAAAGGUCGACUGCUCAAGACCCACUAACCACGUUGCUCAAAGCUGUAAUGGGAGAAGCAGCUGUGCUGUCGAAGCCAGCAACACUAUAUUUGGAGACCCCUGUGGCGGCACUUAUAAGUACCUGGAGGUGGUUUACACAUGUCAAAGUGAGUAUCUCAAAGACCCUUUAUGUUGUUUCAUUCUGCUCAAACUAAUCUGUGGUCCUGGAAAACAGAGUAUAUAAAGAAUGAUGCAGAUAUACAGUAUAUCCAUGAACUUGAAUGUUGACUUGAAGACAGAGCUGUUAAUGUUAGCCUAAACUUUAGCAUCCAGGAGAUGGACUCACACUGUGGUACUACACAGCCAAAGUACUAGACUUGCCUCCU